CCGGACCCGGACCCGGAAGCGGCUGCGCGGCCCCGGAGCGGCGGCGGCGGCGCCGGUACGUGUGUCCAUGAAACAAGAUGGAGAGAAGAUAGUACAGUGAAGUGGUGGACUUGUGGACAGAAUGGCUUUCCUGGACAACCCAACCAUUAUCCUUGCUCACAUUCGGCAGUCGCACGUGACCAGUGAUGACACAGGGAUGUGUGAAAUGGUCCUGAUCGAUCACGAUGUUGACCUGGAGAAGUUUAAUCCCUCGUCAGCAUAUGGGGAUAAUGGGUCAGAACCACAGGGAAGCAAUGGGGAGACUCAGGGCUAUGUAUAUUCCCAAUCAGUCGAUAUUACCUCAAGCUGGGACUUUGGAAUCAGAAGACGAUCAAACACAGCUCAGAGACUAGAACGUCUGCGGAAAGAGAGACAAAAUCAAAUAAAAUGCAAAAACGUUCAGUGGAAAGACAGAAAUACUUCUUGCUCAGCAGAGGAGCUGAGCUCACUGUUUGAAAAGAAGAAUUUCAGAGUGAAAUCCCCAUGUUCUGGGAAGCAGUCCAUCCUCUCUGUGCGACUGGAACAGUGUCCACUGCAGCUCAACAACCCCUUCAAUGAGUACUCAAAAUUCGACGGCAAGGGCCAUGUUGGUACAACGGCAACCAAAAAAAUCGAUGUCUACCUCCCACUGCACACAAGCCAAGACAAGCUGCAGCCCAUGACAGUGGUGACCAUCGCCAACGCCAAGGUGCACGACCUGAUCGGGCUCAUCUGCUGGCAAUAUACAAGUGAGGGACGGGAACCCAAGCUGAACGAUAACGUCAACGCCUAUUGCCUGCACAUCGCCGAGGACGACGGCGAGGUCGACACGGAUUUUCCACCCUUGGACUCCAAUGAGCCCAUCCACAAGUUUGGCUUCAGCACCCUGGCACUGGUUGAAAAGUACUCAUCCCCGGGGCUGGCGGCCAAGCAGUCGCUCUUCGUGCGCAUAAAUGCUGCUCAUGGAUUCUCACUUAUUCAGGUGGACAGUAUGAAGGUCACCAUGAAGGAUAUCUUACAAAAGGCCUUAAAGAGAAGGAAGGGAUCACAGAGAGGCUCAGGUCCUCAGUAUCGGCUGGAGAAGCAGAGUGAACCUAAUGUCCCAGUAGAUUUAGACUGUACCUUGGAGAGCCAGAGCACUUUGGAAUUCUGCCUUGUCCGGGAGAACAGUUCAAGAGGAGAAGAGGUCUCGGAGGAGGAUCCCCAGAUCGAUAUUGCCACAGUCCAGGACAUGCUCAGCAGCCACCAUUACAAGUCCUUCAAAGUCAGCAUGAUCCACCGGCUGCGGUUCACCACGGAUGUGCAGUUAGGUAUUUCUGGAGACAAGGUAGAGAUAGACCCUGUUACUAAUCAGAAGGCCAGCACUAAGUUUUGGAUUAAGCAGAAACCCAUUUCAAUCGAUUCUGAACUCCUCUGUGCCUGUGACCUUGCGGAAGAAAAAAGCCCAAGUCAUGCAAUAUUUAAACUUACAUAUCUAAGCAAUCAUGACUACAAACACCUUUACUUUGAAUCAGAUGCUGCUACUGUCAAUGAAAUUGUACUGAAGGUUAACUAUAUUCUAGAGUCGCGAGCAAGCACAGCCAGAGCAGAUUAUUUUGCUCAGAAACAAAGAAAACUGAGCAGGAGAACAAGCUUUAGCUUCCAGAAGGAGAAGAAGUCGGGACAGCAGUGAGGCCGAGCCUCGAGGAGAGCCUGUGUGCCGCGUUCGGAGGAGCCGCUCCCUGCCCGGCCAGGCGGGAGCCAGGACUGUGGAGCUCCUGCUGCCCGGGGCAGGAGCGGCCAGGAAGGAAUCUGAAUUAUCCCGUCUCUCACGGCUGGAAGAUUAUCCCUCGUUGGUGAUGGGAAGUCUCCCCUGUGACAGAAAUAAAGAGCCAUAUCAGCCGGAAAGAAGACUGUUACGCUUCAGGUUCCUUUGAUUGGAAAUAAGAGAAUGACGUAGACUGGCAUCAUUUAAUUACUGUAUUAUGUACAAUCACAAGAAGAGAUGUGAUUACAUAUUAUUUCACAGCCUGGUUAAAAUAAAUUAUAUACAUCUGUAAUCCACCCACGUACACGCAGGUAUUGCUUGUGACAUGAUCAAAUUUCUAAAAACAAAAUGUAGGACAAAUGUAUCCAUUUUUACUAUUAAUAAACAGAUGUAAUCUUUUUCAAGGUC